AUGAUCCCUAGUCUAGUUCUAAAAGUGACCAAUUGUCAAUCAAUAGCCUUUGGAACCGAGGAUACGUGGUACGUGAUGAAGACUCCGAGGUGCCUUAACGCCGAGAUGACAUGUCAGGUGGAGAGUACUCCGCGGACAAUAUGUCGCGGACUCCAAGGACAACAUGUCUUGGACUCUGAGGUAUCUUUAGUGGAGGGCUCCGAGAGUCAAGAGGGCGAAGUACUCCACGAGAUUACGCAAGAGAGGGAGUAUAGGACAAAUGAGGGAAAAGAUCCUGUUGGGGUAGCCCUUGGGCAACGCCCCUUGGGGUGUCCCCAUGAGGAUGUCCCCCUUGGACUCCUCUUUGACUUGUUGACUUGGGCUCCUCCUUGUCUUCCUGACUUGGGCUCCGAGGCGAGGCAUGAAGGCACCCUUGCCCAUGGUCAUGUCACUGUGGUGAUCAAUAUUGGAGCACCUUUGGAGAUUAGGCAACUUAGCUGA